AAAGCAUCAUCAAAAUCAUCAUCCAUCACCUCCUCUCUCGGUGUGUUUGUGUGUGUGUCUCUCUCUCUGUUCCCUCCGUUGUCUUUUUAAUGUAGCCUAACUUCUGACUGAUCGGGAGAGCAGGGAGCGUCUGGAAAGCCUGGUCCAUCCCUGAUGAAGGAUCUGAUCGCACGGUGUUCUGUUUAAAGCUGGACACACAUGCAGGACAGAAAGGAUCAGAUUGUAUAUUUUUGAGGAUAACGUUGCAUUCCUCCGUGGAUUUGGGCUCAGUGUUGUCUGUAUUUAUUGUUCCCCUUCUGUGGAUGUUAUGCAUUAUGUCGGUCUGAAUGAAUCUUUCUUUUUUGGAUUUCCACCGCGCCGAAGCUAUUUCUGGGGGACCAUUCUUCACGUGAAGUCGCGCGAUAUAUUUAGCAUAAAUUGCCGUUAUCUUAUGAGUUCUAGUCAUAUUUUCAGGCGUAGGCUAACUUGUAUUCGAUUUUGUCAAACAAUGCCGCAGUUUUCUUGAAUGUGUUAGCAAUACAUGCAGACAAAUAGGCUAGUGUGUUAAUUAUCGCGGACAAAUAGGAAAGUUGGGCGCUCAAAGUUUUGGAGACUAUCGAUAUGGCUAUGGUGGCGUGGAGAAACCCCGAGGGCGUCGGGGACACUCAGGGGACCCUCUCCUCAUCGGUGUCCCAGGUCGCACCUCUGUCUCUGCCUGGGGACCUGACGGGACACAUGAACCCGGCGUCUUCUCUGGAAAUACCGCCGGCAGCAGCAGCAGCAGCACCCCCGGGCGCACCGCCGCCCAAUCCAUCCAGCAGCACCACCACGAGCACCACCAUCAAUAACAACAACACCUCCUCUUCCUCGUCCUCUUCCUCGUCCAUGGACAAACAGCAGAGCCAGCAGAUCGAGUGCAUCGUGUGCGGGGAUAAAUCCAGCGGGAAGCACUACGGACAGUUCACAUGUGAAGGAUGUAAGAGCUUCUUUAAACGCAGCGUCAGGAGAAACCUGUCCUACACCUGCAGGGCCAACAGGAACUGUCCCGUUGACCAGCACCACCGCAACCAGUGCCAGUACUGUCGCCUCAAGAAAUGCCUCAAAGUCGGCAUGAGGAGGGAAGGUACGGGCAGGCGUCCUCCUGUUGUUGCUCUCGCUGUCCAGAGAGGCAGACUUCCGACCCAGUCUUAUCACGGCCAGUUUGCUCUGACAAACGGAGACCCUCUCCAGUGUCAUUCCUAUCUAUCGGGAUACAUCUCUCUCCUGCUGCGGGCCGAGCCCUACCCGACCUCCAGGUUCGGCUCUCAGUGCCUGCAGAGCAACAAUAUCAUGGGCAUCGAGAACAUCUGCGAGCUAGCGGCCCGGAUGCUCUUCAGCGCCGUGGAAUGGGCUCGCAACAUCCCUUUCUUCCCGGACCUGCAGGUAACGGACCAGGUGGCCCUGCUCCGCCUCACCUGGAGCGAACUGUUCGUCCUGAACGCCGCCCAGUGCUCCAUGCCCGUCCACGUCGCCCCGCUGCUGGCCGCAGCCGGCCUCCAUGCCUCCCCGAUGUCCGCGGACCGGGUGGUGGCCUUCAUGGACCACAUCCGGGUCUUCCAGGAGCAGGUGGAGAAGCUCAAGGUGCUGCACGUAGAUUCAGCAGAGUACAGCUGCAUCAAGGCCAUCGUGCUGUUCACCACAGAUGCUUGUGGUCUGUCAGACGUGAGCCAUGUGGAGGGUCUGCAGGAGAAAUCGCAGUGUGCAUUAGAGGAGUAUGUGAGGAGCCAAUAUCCCAACCAGCCUAACAGGUUUGGGAAGCUGCUGCUCCGCUUGCCUUCCCUCCGCACCGUCUCUUCUUCUGUCAUAGAGCAGCUUUUCUUCGUCCGUCUGGUGGGGAAAACCCCCAUAGAAACUCUGAUAAGGGACAUGCUGCUGUCGGGAAGCAGCUUCAACUGGCCUUACAUGCCUAUUCAGUAGAAUGAAAAGCUACAGGUGUGCUUCUAUAAGGUCAGGAAAGGUCCCAUACCUCAAAUCAAGUCAUUUCAGUGUGGCGUAAAAUUGCUGUUGUUUCAAACAAGGGAAGAAAACUGCCAGUGGAAUGAGUUACAGUAAUAACAGGCAUUUCCAAUAUACACAUUUUUUUUUAUACCAUCUGCCAUUUCCUUGAUACCAGAGGAGAGAUCUGCCUAAUGCUGCAUGGUGUCCCGAUGUGUCUAUAGAAAUGUCCCUGAAAUAAAUUAACCAUUUUGCAUACGUUAAAAGAUUUCACCCCACUGGCAGAAUUUUUUUACUUGUUCAAAGAGAAACAAUAUUUGAAAUGACUAUGGUUAUGAUGGACAUUUUUUGCAGUGUGGUGACCACCCACAGUCUAUGGUUUUUGGGAUAACAAACAAUAUUUAUUGGACCCUGUAUGUAUUUAUCGUGCUUGUAAAUUAUGUUUUGGCUCUUUUUUUUAAAAUGUUUUACGUAUUUUUGCCCCGGCAAGUGAAAAAACAGCAGGGAUUGUCUCGUCUCAUUGUCCUUUUUUUUCUUUUUUCUUUCUUUUCAUACCUUCCAGACAUGGCACUUUGGACUAAAGGGACAUUUCAGAAAGAUUUAACACAGGUGUUUGAAACCCCACAUCAUCUGACUUUAACCUAUUUUAUCAUUUGUGUACAGACCGGAUGGUGAGAUGAAUGCUCUGUUUUAGUUACUUUGGAGUCUUAUUCUAUUUGCAUUAUCGACAUACUAAGAAUGAAAGGAAAAAGAGCAAAAAGAUAUUUGGAAAACACACUUCUCAUGGUCAUGCAAUGUGUUACUCCUUUCAUAGGUAAUGUCAUUACUUUCUUACUUUAGUAUUUUCUUAAAUAUUUUAGUUCAUAAUUCCUGCAGAUGUAAAUAUUUCCUCUUGCCAAAGUGCUUAAUUUCCACUCAUUUUUUUUCAUUUGAAUGAUCAGAUAAUCCAGAACAUCAUGUUUAUUUCUCAUCAAAUUAGUAAAUUUUGCUGCUCAUCGUUAUUUUUCUUUUAAACUGAGAGAUGAUGAUAAGGCUAAUUACGGGCAAAAAUAGAUAAAGGGAUAAAGCUGACUGUACAGUAAUCUGAUAUUUUCGUAUUUGGAGGGGUGAAGUCAAACGUCGUAUUCUUUUGACUGGUAACUUGUUACAGGGAAAAAUAAUGACAUUACCUUAGUGGAUUGAUGAUGAAUGCAUUACCAAACACUUGGGAUUCCUCCAUGUUUCCAGGUCUUUUACACUGACUGUCUCAGAGAGAUUUCAAGAGCACUAAGCCUGAUGUAUACUGUACUACAGUCUCUUAAUGGGAUACAUGAACUGUACACAACUUCCCCAACUCAAGUAACAAAUCUGUUUCAUUAUUAUUCAUGCAUUUAUGAGCCCAGGCCACUUUCUGGCACACUAGACCACUGCAGGGUAUUGCUGGACUGAAAGUUCGUGUAUCGUGCGUGUGUGUGUGUGUGUGUGUGUGUGUGUGUGUGUGUGUGUGUGUGUGUGUGUGUGUGUGUA